UAUGGCGUGGCCACUCUCAGGUUUCUCCCUGGUAGCAACGAAAGUGCGUUCGAGGAUCUGUCUCUUUCCUUUCGGAGGAUUAAUAGAAGGAUAUAAUUUUUUUUUGGAGAAAGCUGAAAUACUGAUUUGAUGCAAGCUAACAAUUUGCAGAUUACUGUAAUAUUUAUUUGGGUGAUCAAUGAACUAGUUUCACGAUCAUGUAGUAACAACUAACCAACGAAUGAGUUCACAAAUUCAUCCUAAAAAUGGCGAACAAUCUUUUCGUCCGCGACUGUAUCCAUCUUUCUAUGGCUAAAUCAACGGUCAUAUGUUACAUGUAUACUUGUUUAGUUUUCGAUUUACUAGCAUUAUUACAUGCCGUGCGAGAAUUGUAACAUUUAUAAUUUACGCAUGUAAAACAACAUAAUAUGGCACCUACUAUUCAAACCAACACUAACCAGGCUGAUAGAGAUAAACGUCCAGCCAGGCCAGCAGAGAAGAGAUCCGAAUUGAUAUGCCGGGUGAAAUACUGCAAUACAUUGCCGGACAUUCCGUUCGAUCCAAAAUUUAUAACAUAUCCCUUCGAACCAUCUAGGUUUAUCCGUUAUAAUCCGACAUCAUUAGAGCGCAAUUAUAAAUAUGAAGUAUUAACAGAGCAUGAUUUGGGUGUUGAAAUUGAUCUGAUAAACAAGGAUACAUAUGCAGGAGAUCCUAAUGCACAGUUGGAUCCAGCUGAUGAAAAGCUACUUGAAGAAGAUGUUCUUACACCUCAAGAUUCUAAAAGAUCCAGACAUCAUGCCAGAAGUGUGUCUUGGCUUAGACGUACUGAGUAUAUCUCUACAGAAACAACUAGAUUCCAGCCACAGAGUGUAGACAAGGUUGAAGCUAAAGUUGGUUACAGUAUAAAGAAGAACUUCAAGGAGGAAACAUUGUAUAUGGACCGUGAGAGUCAAAUAAAGGCUAUAGAAAAGACUUUUGAGGACAAUAAGAAAUCAAUUGAAAGGCACUACAGUAAACCAAAUGUAGUGCCAGUAGAAAUACUGCCAGUAUAUCCAGAUUUCAAGUUGUGGAAAUAUCCAUGUGCUCAAGUUAUAUUUGACUCUGAUCCUGCACCAACUGGUCGCUCUGUACCUGCGCAGAUUGAAGAAAUGUCUCAAGCUAUGAUACGAGGUGUGAUGGACGAAAGCGGCGAGCAGUUCGUAGCGUACUUUUUGCCGCUAGAAGAAACUUUAGACAAGCGCCGACGAGAUUUCACCGCAGGUAUUGAUUAUGCUGAUGAAGAGGAGUACGAAUACAAAAUGGCCAGGGAAUACAAUUGGAACGUCAAGAGCAAAGCCUCCAAGGGAUACGAAGAGAAUUAUUUCCUCGUGAUUAGACAAGACGGGGUUUACUACAAUGAGCUGGAGACGCGCGUACGAUUGAGUAAACGCCGUCAAAAAGUCGGACAGCAGCCAAAUAACACGCGCUUGAUAGUGCGUCAUCGGCCGCUGAACGCUAUCGAAUUCAGAAUGCAAAGAUACCGAGAGAAACAGUUAGAGCCGCCAGGAGAGGACGACGAGGAUGAAGAGGAGGAAGAGGAGGAGCAAGAAACUCAGCAGGAGGUGGAGAAAGCUGACGGCAAAGGUUCUGAAGGAGAAAAUGAAGUGGAAUCUCGUGCAUCGUCGAGAGCGUCCUCACGAGCGUCCAGCAGAAAAUCGCGAUCAAAAUCACGAUCUCGCUCCAAAUCGGCGUCAAGAUCAAAGUCUCGCUCGCGUUCACCAUCCAGGUCACGGUCUCGCUCGCGCUCGGUGUCGCAUUCGCCGUCUAGAUCACGAUCGAGAUCUGGUAGUCCUCAGUCUAGAAAUUCGUCCAGAUCGAGAUCCAAGUCUGCGUCGAGAUCGCGCUCGGCAUCUCCCGCCAAGUCACCGCGAUCUCGAUCGAGCUCCAAGUCCAGGUCGAAGUCACGUUCACAGUCGAGAUCGCGAUCCAUUAGCGGUAGUGGCAGCGGCAGCGGUAGCGCGAGCGGCGAAAGCGGCUCCGAGAGCGAGUGAAUCGAGACACAAUUCGUUGAUAAUACGAUUUUUCCAGCACCGUCGUUUUCACUGUUUUCGUUAUUUCAACAAAUACUUAUCCACAUUGUUAUCAUUUAGAAGUAUCAUGUCGAAAAUUAUCGGAACAGUGAAUUCGAGUACUCUUCUAUGAAAGAUAUUCUUGACGUCUUGACAAUGCAUACAAGUAUAUGUAUAUAAUUAUUACAAAAUAUACGAAUAUCCUCAGCAUUGGGCGCGCAAUCGAAGGAACAACAAAUA